ACAUCACAAUAUCGCUCGCCAUUUGCUUUUGCUGGAAUGUUCAGUCGUUCACACGUGUGUCGUGCUCAGUAUAUUUUCUUUGCGUAUGCACUUGCAUAAUCGUGCAAAAAUUUAGGUGACGCGAAGUAUUCAUCAACAUAAAAAGUGUUGAUCGUGUUUGUUGGUGCUAAAAACAAUACUAUCAUAGUCAAACAAAUAAUUAAGUUUCAUUAAGUACAAGUAUCUUUUGACAUCCUACUGACUGCAAGUAUUCUAAGUUUUUUUUGUAAAAUAUAAGAAUCGUAAUAUUGUAAAAAUUUAUUAAAGUGGUGAUUCGUGUGAUAAUUUGUGUAGUAAUUUGUGAGGCGUUUUACAUUGUGACUAAUUUGGCUACUUGCAUUGAGAGUCGUAGAUCGUUGGCCAUCGUUAGCUGAAUCGAGUUUGGGUGAAGAGUAAGACUGCGUUGGAUUGUCUGGUGACUGCAUUUGGGAAUAUCACACAUUCUUGCUAUAAGCUUGAAGAAAAAUGCCGAAGAAAUCCAACAAGUCGUGGGGAGGACGUGGAAACGGCCGAGGAAAUGAAGACAAAGGUUACUUCGGUCAUGACGAUCGUGUAGGAAGAAAUGUAGGGAGAGAUGGGAUUCAUAUUGGCCCUACAAAGCAUCGGGUUUCUUUCAAGACUUUUCGGCCUAACAACAGGGACAUGUCACGCAACUUAGCAUUGGUAAAUUUGGAUGAGGAUAUUCCAAUGACUGGAAGUUCCAACAACAAUAGGCAGGUAGUGAUUAACCAGAGAGAUAGAGAAAGGGGUGACAGGGCUUGGCGAAUUGUGUCUCGUGGAAGAAACAGUCCCAUGCCAAAUAGACAUUUCAAGGGAGGCCAGCAAGGUUCUAGAAUGCGACCUCUUCCCAUUGGCGAAUCAAGUUGGUAUAGAAUUAUUAUACCAUAUGGUCAUAAGUAUGAAAAGGAUUAUGUAAUAAAUACUCUUUUGAAUUAUAUGGCGCCUGAAGUAUUUGUUCCCUUAACAUACAAGUUAAUGGGAAAUGAAGCUAGUUUCUAUGUGGAUGAUUAUAAGACGGCAAAUGCAUUGCUAAACUGCGAUCGUAAAAUUACGAUGAGUGAUGGAUUUAAGUUACAAGUGAAGGCAAAACCAGGAUUUCCAGUCUGUGAAAUUGAUAAUAAAUUGAAAGAGCGAUUGAAGCAAGCGAUGGUGAAGAGAUAUGUACAAGAGACGAAUGCUUUAGAUUUGUCCAAGUUUCACCUUGAUCCUGAACUUUAUUCUGAUUAUUUUUGUGCAUUGUUCCACCCUAUUAUGUUAAUAACUGUGUUGGAUAUUGUGGGGGAACACAUACCAAACUUAGAAGCUCUCAACCUGGAGGGCAAUAAGUUGCAGAAUAUCGAGAGACUUAGUGUACUAAGUAAAAAGUUCUCGAAAUUGAAGAUUCUUUAUAUCAGCGAUAAUAAGAUUAGAGACAUUCAUCAGCUAGACUUCAUUAAGGAUUUAAAAUUAGUCGAAUUGAAGUUAACUGGAAAUCCUGUCUGUAAUAAAUAUAAAUCUCGACAAAAUGACUAUGUUAGCGGAUAUUUCUUUUGCUAUUAUAGCGACGUCCGAAAAAGGUUCCCUAAGCUGCUGCAUCUGGAUGGCAUCGAAUUACCACGACCGAUUGUCUUCGAUGUUGUUGACGACGCUGCCAAGAUUCCCCCGUCGCAGAGAAUGUUUGUCGCUGAUGCAAAAGCACAAGACAUUGCAAGUCAAUUUUUGCAGCAAUAUUUCACUAUAUUUGACAGUGAAAAUAGACAACCCUUACUUGAUGCGUAUGACGAACAUGCAUGCUUUAGCAUGACAAUAACCACUUCUCACAAUAACAAAUUAAAUGGGUAUCUCCUGGAGAAUCGGAAUCUAUUCAGAAUAAAUGACAACAAUAGAAGACAGAAAUUAUUAAAACAGGGUAGAUUACCUGUAGUUUCUUUUGUAUCAGAAUUACCACGAACGAGGCACUUAUUGAACACCUUUACAAUGGACAUCUCUCUUGCUGCACAAACGAUGAUGUUUAUUACGAUAACGGGCUACUUCCAAGAACUCGAUAAUAAAAGCGAGCCUAUCCGCUACUUUAACCGGACAUUUAUAAUUGUUCCGGAAGGUGAAGGAUACUGUAUUCGAAAUGAACAGUUACAUAUCAGUCAGCCGCCUGAGGCGCAAUUGAAGCAACUGCACCAGCAAUUGAGUCAGCUAAGCAAUCAGCAAACUCAGCUAACAACACCAGCGCUUAGACCCAUAGAAGAGGUAAAACCGAUGGCAACGGAGCUCAGCGACGAUAUAAAACAGCAGAUGACGAUGACAUUGAGCCAGCAAACAAAUAUGAAUCUGGAAUGGAGUUUGAAGUGCUUGCAAGAGACGCAGUGGAAUUAUGAAAACGCCCUCUCUGCCUUUCAAGAAUUUUUUGCGCGUGGACAGAUACCAUCAGAAGCGUUUACGAAGUAAAUACAUAAUGUGAGUAGAAAUUCAUCACUGUGAUAAUAACUUGUAAGGAAAGUCUGAGAGCGAAAUUUUUUAUAAAACAUCAAACUCCAUUCUCUGUUCUGUUUAUAUUCUUAUAUUUAUUUUUUUUGCGAGUAUACCCUUAUUUGUAUCUUACAUCAAAACCUGAAUAGAAAUCCAUAAAUUUGUUUACUUGUCAGUUUUGUAUCUGUAGCAACGACAGAUAGAUAUUAAUUUCUACAACAAAAAAAAGAAAAUGCUGAAAAAGAAUUAAUAUGUAUUAAUAUUUCUUCUAGUUUCUAAAGGGUUUCUAAUGAAUUUCUAAGAAGAUAUGUCUGUAAUCCGUCUUGUUUAAGCUUACAAAAUUGCACAAUACCCCCCAUGAAAGUUGUUAAAAAUCACAAUUCUAGUUUCAUUGUAAUCUUAAUGUAAAAAAGAUUACUGUAAUAUAUUAAUUGACAACAUUAAUGAAAAUUAAACUACAUUUAAAAAAAAUUGUUUGCAUACAAGCUUUUUUCCUGAAAAAAGUGUUCAUGCUUACAAUAAACUUAAAACGAUUAUUUAAUUAAGAAUAUAAAUACAUGUAUUACAAUUGUAAUAAAAUUUUGUAAUAAAAUAUAAAUUUUUGAGCAUAUAUAUAAUGUGUAAAAUCAAGUGAAACUAACUAAAUAUUUUCAACAAUUUUUUAUAUAGUUAUUUGUACAUUUUUUAUUAAUGCUGUUAUAUUAAUAAGUAUGUAAUAUCUAAAUUGAAAUGUAGAUUAUGUACGCAUUUGAUUUGUAAGACAAGUCGGAUUUCCAACAUCAGAAAACAAUAUUAUAGUAAUAAUUUUAUUACAACUCGAAUUUCAGGUCAGGUUUUGAUAUAUGAUAUAAAAAUAUCUUUUUUUCAAUUUUAAAGAAAUUUGAAAAGAAAAAAAGAUUUACUAUUUCUAUAUAAAGGAAAAAAGUACUGUUAAUUUUGCAUUAAGACACGAGCAUGCAUUCAUAAUCAAAUUCUGGCAUAGACAGUAUUAACGAUGAAACAUUUUUUUGUAUGUAAAAGAAUUGCGUACCAUUUGAUAUAAAAAAUGAGAUGUAUUUCUCACAUACAUCUCACAUACACAAACACAUAAGUGUUCUUGCGGUAUAUAUAUUAUAUUUUCUAAAGUAUAAAUUAACUUUUUUAAUUCAUAAAAAGUAUGAAAGAAAUAAGUCUGUAUUCCAUUAGUAUCUUUAAUAUUAUCGGAUUUGUCGAUGGUUCAUGUAUAUUCAACAAUGAUGUUAGAUACAGAAACAAAAAUGUUUAAAUUGGCCAUGUUCAAGCUGAAUGAGGCAGCUAGUAGUUAUUCGCCGAGCAAUUCAGUUGGCUCUAUCCAACUUGAACAUGGUCACUUUUUAAAUUAAAUUUACAGGUAAGAAGACUUAGGUCUGUGGCACACGCUUUCCGUAACAGUAAGGUUUCGACGCAUUGGAUUGCAACUGUAACCGUGGCUAAAUCGAGUAUGUGAUUGGUCAAAACCUUACUGUUACGUCUUACGAAAAGUGUGCCACAGGCCUUAUAGCGAAUUUGGUCGCCUGCACUCAGUGUACAUACACUAAGACAGGCGACCGAAUUUGCUAAUAGUUAAAAGAGAUAUCGAUAUUUUUUAUUCAAAAAUAGAAUAUAAUAUAUAAGAAAAUUAUGAAUUCUAUUUAUAAUACAUACAUUUUAUUUAAAAAAUUAAAAAGUAUCCCUAUCUCUAAAUAGAAAAAGAUCUCUGUUUAUACCUGUAAAAGGCAUACAAUAUUUAUAAUUAUUUCUCUAACAUCAUUGCAUAGUUAACUUAAGAAAUUAAGUAAAAGUACAUAUAUUUCUUUUUGUAUAUAUAAAAUUCGAUUUUUAAAAAUGUAGAAUUACAUUUUUGUUCUAUUAACUGGGUUUUAUUGAGUAUAUAAUGUUUUAAUUUUAUCCAAUUAAUAGAUCAAAAAUACGCGCAAAUAGAACUUAGAUUUUUAUAUUUAUAUCUGCAAUUUUAGAAAAGUCUCGAACAUAAGACUUUAGUUAUUAAAAAGCGCGCGCACGCACACACACACACACACACACACACACACACACACACACACACACACACACACACACACACCACCACAUACAUAUAUAUCAAACAAUUUCUUUAAAGAAAAAGCCAGUGCAAUUUUGUAGAAAGUACAAUCAGUUUCUCAAAAUUGUCAUUUAAUAGAUAUAAUUGCAAUUGAAUAGCACUUUUUAUAAAUUGUAAAUAGCGUCAUAGAAUAAUAAAUUACGCGUCCGUAAAUUGUUAGGUAUAUUAGGUGAAGUGGAGCGCUCGCUUACGUUAUGUGAGUGUAAAUUAUUCGUCCGAGAAAUAUUUCGUGACAAAGAUUAAUUUUUUUUUUACAUUUUACGAUAUACGUUAUGUUCGCAUAUAUGCGAAACGCACAACCUUUAGUUCUUAUUUUAAACUAUUUAAGGAUGUGAUUUCCGCACCUCGUACAUACACACAUCCAAAGAGAGGUAAAGAGCUGCUACAGGCAUUGUAUACUAGGAUGAUGUUCUGAAAAAGUUUUAGAUCCAGAGCAAUAUCCUGGUAUAUUCUAUUCCUAACUGGGAUUCCUAACUCAAGGGCCAGGCGAUGUGCCAGAAAACGAGCAACGCUAAUCCGAAUCCCAGAUAUUAUCUGGUCAGAAAGGUGUACACUCGGCGUAGCUCUUUUGAAAGACAUUGAAGGUUUCUAGAACUUAGUGGGGGUGAAGAAGUCUGCUAUGAGAUACAACAGUUGUUUAAGCACGGCCUGUUUUCCACGAUAUAUGCACUCAGCUUAUAUCAUCACAGUGGGAAUAAUGACAGUGGUUCUGCAUUUUUCUCUUGAAUCAAGAGACUUUCUAUGUGUUUAUGGAGCAGAUAUAAUCCUUAAUGUGCGGAUGUGUUAUAUAGAUAGACAUAUGGACUUCAACUAUAUCACACACAAUGACAAUUCGCGUAGUAGUGUGGAAAAAUAUAAUAAACGCCUAAAUGAUGAGACGAAGCGGAAAGAAAUAAUUUAUACUCACAUACUCGUACGCGAUAGUUUUAAUUAAAAAAAAAAACAUGUAGUACUUUGACUGUAUAACAUGUGCGAAAUAUCAAAAAAACUUGUAUACAUCUAUAAGCAAAAUUUUACAAAUUACCGAUAUGAUCAGAAGGCAAAAUGUUCUUUUUUAUGUUAAUAUGUGCAAGAAAAAAGAUUAAUUAUUAAUUAAUAGAUACUUUCGAUUUGUAAAACUUGUCCCAAUUAUGUAAGUGUAAGAAUCUGAUAUCAAUAUUACAUAAGUAAGCAUUAUAAUUUUUUUUCAUAAAGAAGACUAAAUAUCAUCAAAUUAAUGUAUUAAUGUAUGUAAUUAACGAAUGAUAUGUCUUACAUAAAAUGAUAUGUUAUACAUAAUGUAAAUACUUUUAUUAAUAAGUGUCAGUGAUGUAUUAAGAAUUGCUUGCACUGGCAAUACUUGACUAUGUAUGAAUAUGAAUAAAAAAAUUAUUUUGUAACUCA